UUCCAGAAGAGACUGAUUGCUCAUGCUUCUCCCGGAUCUUCCUAACACUCGCCACCCCCACUCGCAUUUCCACACAAAACGUACCAAGAAGGAACAGCACUCCAGGAGUCCUACCCGGGUCUCCCAUUUCUCACCUUCCCCCCCCAAAAGCCCGUUCAUAAGCAUGUCCUCCAGAAGCACAAAGCACGCCUCAUGGCUAGAGAGUUCCCACUGCCCGCACAGCAGCCCUGCACAGAGACCCUACACAGCGCAGGACAAAUGUCCUUGCAUCAACCCCUUGCCAAAGCUUGUAAUGACAACCGCCCAAGGACAGCCCUGCAAGCCUGCACCGCACCCGUCGGACACCUGGUGCGCACACGAGGGGACACGCGCAUGUGCAAGCCGGCCUUCGGACCCGCCCCCUGGAGACGCCGUGCUUCCAUAACGACCGGUGGGGGCUGCGCGGAGGCCCUUCAAGAAGGCGAGCGCCUGGGUACCAGGAGCGGGCUUUCAGGAAGGAGAGUGCCACUUACUACCACUCUCAGUUGAAGACUGUUGAUGCCCAGACCGGACUAAGGUCACCCUGUGAGGUUCCCACCUGCUGGUCACCAGUAUGCAGGAAUCCCCAACAACACCGACACCUUCAGCUCCCAGCCAGUCCUUAAUCUCCACCCAGGACCCGUCCUCCACUACAGGUCAAGUUUUGAGCUUAGGUCCACAGCUCUCAAAGGCCUCGGUCCCACCCCCUGUGAAGUCCAGGGGCCCAAAUUCUGGGGCUGGCGUACGUCGGAUGCGCAGGAUUAUCGCCGAGGAUGCUGAGUGGUCACUGGCCAUCGUGCCCCUGCUCACAGAGCUCUGUAUUCAGAACAUUGUCAAGAACUUCCAGAACAACCCUAUCCUGAAGCAGCUGCUCCCACAGCACCAGCAGAAGGUCCUGAACUACCUAUCUCCUGACCUGCCACUGGCUGUGACCGCCAACCUGAUCGAUGAUGAGAGCUACUGGCACCGCUGCUGCAUGCAUCGCUGGCCUGUGUGCCACGUGGACAGUCAUGGAGGCAGCUGGAAGUGCAUGUUCUUCGAGCGGCACCUGGAGAACCUGCUAAAGCACUUCAUCCCAGGCACCACGGACCCCGCGAUGAUCCUCGACCUGCUGCCUCUGUGCAAGAACUACGUGCGCAGGAUCCGUGUGGAUCAGUUCCUUCCGCCCGUGCAUCUACCACCCCGGCCGCGGAGUGGGGACCAGUCCGACUCCGGCAGCGAGGGAGAGAUGGAGGAGCCCACCAUGGACCACUACCAACUGAAUGACCUGGUGGCUGGCCUGAGCCAGUUGGAGGAGCUGGACCUGGUGUACAGUGUCAAGGACUGUGGCAUGAAUUUCGAGUGGAACCUGUUCCUCUUCACUUACCGCGACUGCCACUCCCUGGCGGCUACCAUCAAGGAAUGCCACACUCUCAAGAUCUUUAGGCUGACUCGAAGCAAGGUGGACGACGACAAGGCACGCAUCCUAAUCCACAGCCUCCUGGACCACCCGGCCCUCGAGGAGCUGGACCUGUCCCACAACCUCAUUGGGGACCGUGGCGUGCGCGCUGCUGCCAAGCUGCUGAGCCACAGCCGCCUGCGUGUGCUCAACCUGGCCAACAACCAAGUUCGUGCGCCUGGUGCCCAGUCACUGGCUCAUGCCCUGGCACACAACACCAGCCUCCUUUCCCUCAACCUGCGCCUCAACUGCAUUGAGGACGAGGGCGGCCAGGCACUGGCCCACGCCUUGCAGACCAAUAAGUGCCUCACCACGCUGCACCUUGGCGGCAAUGAGCUUUCAGAGCCCACGGCCACACUCCUUUCCCUGGUGCUGUCCAUCAACACCACGCUCACCAGCAUCAACCUGUCCUGCAACCACAUAGGACUGGAUGGUGGGAAGCAGCUCCUGGAAGGCAUGUCAGACAACAAGACCCUCCUCGAGUUUGACUUGCGCCUGUCCGAUGUAGCCCAGGAGAGCGAGUACCUCAUUGGACAGGCCCUCUGUGCCAACCGUGAAGCAGCCCGCCAGAGGGCCUUGAAGGCCAGCCACUUCAUGUCCCCACUCACUGCCAAGGGCCCUGAGAACCCUUCCAGAUAAG